AAAACAUUGUCGUAGUUGUUGUUCCAUUUCAUUCUACUUUCUUGUUUAGAUCGAAACAGGAAGUUCUUUUGGUAGAAAUCUUAUUUAUUGUGCCUUUGCUUGCAAUUUUUCCGCGCCUUUCGACAAAGAAUGAAGAACGAUUCCAGAAAUAAGUUUCUGCUUUGUUUUAGGCCUGUCGUUGACAUGGACUUGGUGCUUGAGACUGAAGGGGGCACUGAAAGCUCCCGAGAAAAGCAGACUUUAAAAUAUAUAGCAGCUGACAAAUAUUCGGCUUCAGAAAAUGAUCAGUGCUCACAGGUUUCUAAGAAUUCCAUGGUGAUUUGUCGUCCUUCACAGAAAACUUUCUCGAAGGUGAUCAAGGCUGUUCUGUUUGAGACAAUAUUGGCUAAAAGAGUCCAUGAUAGAAAAAAAUUGAGCCAGGAGGACCCAUCUAAGUCAUCAUCAAGUCAUAGUUUUUCGAUGCAUGAAAAAUCAGUGAAUCGUGAUAAUUCAGUUGAUUCUCUUAAUUUGCAAGGAAUCAAAACAAAUCCAGCAUUGUUUUCUCAAUCAUCAAUGGGGUCAUCACUAUCGUCAUCUCGUUCAACAAGUACUUUACUAUCAGAACUAAAGAGACAAAACCAGAAGAAUAACAGCAGUCUGGCGAAGCGAAGUAAAAAGGACUACAUGGGUAGUUCUUCCUGUUUAAACUAUGCCAUAAUCUUGGUUCUAUUAAGUCUCAGUUUUACAAUUUUAUGGGGCCGGCUUUAUGCAAUACUUUUGACAUCAAUCUGGCUUUAUUUUGUCGCUCGGCAAAGUGGUUCAAGGCCUGGUGAUGGAGAAGUUAGAAAGUUGGGCAAGAGAGAUGAGUCUAGAUAUUACAAGAAGAGGAUCAUACUGGAAGGGCUGCUACAAAGAAACCACCACAGGGAGAUUUCAUUAAAUUUAUGUCGUGAAAAUUCUCUUUUUGGGGUUUGAUGAAACUUUUCAGAAGUUGUUCUCUGGUUGUGAAGUAAUUAAAAGUUAUGUCAGAGUACACAAAUCGGUCCAAACAAACACGGGUUUCUUGUGUUCUCUGCUACUUCCUUUUAGCAAUUUUGGAGUAGAGAUUAAGAGACUUUCUCUCAGUAACAGUAACUAAUGGAAGAUAUGUACAGUUUCAGACCUUAUCUUAAAUGUUGACUGUAUAUAUUGCCCUAUUUUCUACAUCUUUGGGGCAGAUUGAGAAGUUCAUCAGCCAAAACUUAUUUAAGAAAUGCUGGAAAUUAUCAAAAUUAU